CUCGCCUGCUGCGCGCCCUAACUCUUCAACAACAACAACAACAGCCCCCCUCGCGUGUUUUCGUUUCAUGCAUAGUGAUUUCAAUUUCAAUUUAUGAUAUUUUAUUAGUUUGUCUAGUGUUAUCACUUGUGUUAUUUACUUAGUGAAAUAUAAGGAGGCAUUCACUUUUUUUAGUAACGGCAAAACAUGAGCUGAUGCCUGCCUAGCUGAAACUAGAAGCUAGAACAAGAAGCGUGAUCUGAGAUAGGUACAUUUUUCGAUUUUCCUGCUUCCAUUUGAGGCUGAAGUCCUUUUUUUAAGAUAUGUAUUCCCUGCAAUACAAAAAGGAGAAUGCUCAUGAUGACUGCAUCUGGAGCUGUGCCUGGGGACGCUACAAGCCCAAGCCAGCAGAUGAGCAGCCACCAGCAGAGGAGACAGCAGCGGAUGGUGACGCACCGCCGGCGCCCAAACCCCGCCUCCUGCCUGCCGACUACAUCCUGACCGGGUCGCUGGACGACACGGUCAAGGUGUGGGAGUGGAACGAGGGCCAGCUGGCCCUGCGGCACACGCUCGAAGGUCAUGCCCUCGGCGUCGUCUCCGUGGAUAUCGCCGCUGAUGGCAACGUGGCCGCGUCCAGCUCCCUGGACUCGACCAUUCGGCUGUGGGACCUCGGCACCGGCGGUCUGCUGAAAACGAUCGACGCCGGUCCGGUCGAGUCGUGGUCGGUCUGCUUCUCGCCCGACUCGAAAAUGGUGGCCACCGGCUCCCACCAGGGCAAGAUUGUGGUUUACGGCGUCGAGUCGGGCAAACAGGACCAGAGCUUCGACACUCGCGGAAAGUUCGCAUUCAGCAUAGCCUACAGCCCCGACGGCAAGUACCUAGCCAGUGGCGCCAUUGACGGCAUCAUCAACAUCUUCGACAUCGAGACGGGCCGACGACUGCACACGCUCGAGGGACACGCUAUGCCUAUCCGGUCACUGGCGUUCUCACCCGACUCCAAACUGCUCCUCACAGCAUCUGAUGACGGUCACAUCAAGAUGUAUGACGUGAACAACGCUGCGCUGGCGGGCGCGCUGUCUGGCCACUCGUCGUGGGUGUUGUCGGUGCAUUUCGCCGACGACCACAAACACUUUGUGUCUAGCAGCGCCGACAGCACGGUCAAGGUGUGGGAGACGGCCAGCAAGAACUGUUUGCACACAUUCCAGGAGCACUCGGACCAGGUGUGGUGCUCCCGGUACAGCCCCGCCUCGGAGCGCAUCGUCUCCGUCUCGGACGACCGCAGCGUCCACGUCUACAGCUGUCCGCCCUGAGUCCGCCCGUCUCCGGAGGCACGGACCUACACUCCGCCGCGCCGUCCUCCCGUCCCCGCCGGUGACCGGUCGGGGGCUCCGGAACACCGGCCGGCCGGCUGUGACCUUUCUACCGCCACCAGGGGCGCGCCAGCCCCGCGCCAGGGCGGCGGAGCCAGUGAAACCGCGACGUGUUGUUAUUAUGUUUGUAUUGUGAACGGCCGACGGGAUAAACAUGAUCACUGGCUGA